CAACAUCCUAUCAAAGCGUCGUGACGCUGUGGGCAUACGUACAGCACGCGCUGAGCACAGCUGCUUGUGCAACUGUCCUGCACGUUGACAUUGAAACGCUCCGAGAGACCGCCGCGCUGCUGUCGUCUGUCACAGACAGGCUAACAUGGGAUCCUCCUGGUCCACAGCAGAGCCCUCUGUAGUCAAAGCUGAGGCUAUGAAGACCGUCUCUGCUCAGCGCUGCCCAGUGCAGGAGGAAGCUCAGCCUGUCAAAGCAUCUCCGCCUUCACAAUGUCCCAUGCAUCAAGCUCAGGCUGAAAAAGGUAGGGACUUUUGCAACACAUUUCUAUGUUCAGAUGGUUGUUUUAAUGAAAUGAUCAAACCUGUGGCUCGCACGUGUUCUCCUGCAGGUCCGGCCCACCAGGAUCAGGCGUACAACUUUGUGGAGUGUCCCAUGAGAGCUGCAGCAGUCACGAAGGGCGACAUCGAUCCAGCAAAUAUGAUGCCUCCUCCCAACCAAACGCCAGCUCCAGACCAGCCCUUUGAACUCUCUGUCAGAAGAGAGGAGUCCACUAUCCCACGUCACGACACAGAGAAGAACUGGGUGUACCCGUCGGAGCAGAUGUUCUGGAACGCCAUGCUGAGGAAGGGGUGGCGCUGGCGAGAUGAUGACCUCAGCAAAGGUGACAUGACCAACAUCAUUAAAAUCCACAAUCAGAACAAUGAGCAGGCCUGGCAAGAGAUCCUGAAGUGGGAGGCUCUGCAUGCUCGUGAAUGUCCAUGUGGACCAACUCUGAGGAGAUUCGGUGGGAAGGCUAAAGAGUACUCCCCCAGGGCCCGCCUCCGACACUGGAUGGGCUACGAGCUGCCAUUUGACCGUCACGACUGGAUCGUUGACCGCUGUGGGAAGGAGGUGCGCUACAUCAUUGACUAUUAUGAUGGAGAAAUCAACAAGGACACCUACCAGUUCUCCACCCUGGACGUGCGACCUGCUUUUGACUCUUUAGAAGCUGUGUGGGACCGUAUGAAGGUGGCCUGGUGGCGCUGGACUUCCUGAAGGACUCUGGCUCAUAUUUGAGUCGCAAAUUUUCAAAAACUGUUGUUACCCAUUUCUGCUCUUUGUAACUUGUGUGAUGCUGAAAAAAGAAACGAAUCAGACCUCGUAAAAGAUGAUUGGAUGUAGAAGAGUUUGUCCAACAGGUCAUACAAGACCCUGUGUGUCUAUGAAAUCUAUUGACUUGCGCUUAAAUUUAACUGCUUGCUUGCUUACAGCUACCUGACUCUAGGUAAUUUGAACCUCAUCUAGCAACAGAAAGUUUAAAUGUUUUUUUUUCUCAGUUGGGACAUUGAGACAAGCUUUAAAACCUGCCAAUAUUCCUUUAUUGGCUAAUGGUCAUAAACCAGAAAUCUAGGAAAGUUCAUAUGUUGUGUUUUAAUAAAUCACCUUUUCUGUG